AAACAAUUUCAUCAUCUCUAAUUACAAUCAAUCAACAAACCGUUAAAUAUCAAAUCAAAUAAUCAAAUAAUUGAUUUUUUAUUGUGAUCAGAAAUUAAAUUCUAUCUAUCAUCAUGGGAGAAGGAUCUAUUUCCUGUAUGCGUUAUAUUCUUUGCGCUUUUACGCUUGUAUUUGUCAUAUUUGGCAUCCUGUUAGUUUAUACUGGAUUCUCUACUUUUAUAAGUUUGAAUCAAUACAGUCUUGUUAUAACUAAUAGUCCGGAUGCAGCAACAAUCGUACUUUUGGUACUUGGCUUUGUCAUCUUUUUAAUUUCAUUUUUGGGUUGUUGUGGUGCCAUAACCGGUAAUGAUUUUAUGCUUCGUACAUUUUCAUUCAUUAUCACUUUGUUAUUGUUGAUCGAAAUCAUCACUGUUGUAUUUGUAUUUACAUUCAAAAAAACGAUUCGUCAAUCAUUGGAAAGUGGCUUGGAUGAAGCAAUUCGAAAAUAUAAUGAUAGUGAUGAUUCAGCUAUCAAUAAAAUGAUUGAUGAUAUUCAAACACGAUUUGCUUGUUGCGGUGCUGAUAAUCCAAAGGAUUGGAAAAAUAACACCAAUUAUACUGAUGGAUCAUUACCAAAGAGUUGUUGUGAAAAGGAUCAUGGUGUACGAUGUUCAAUGUCUGGUCCACAUUUUGUAUCCGGAUGUGUAGAAAUCAUUACGGGUGAAUUACGUAAUUCGGUCAGUUAUCUUGGAUCGUUAGUAGUCACUUUGAUCGUGGUCCAAAUCAUUGGCUUAAUUUUCUCCUGUGUUUUGUUGGGUCAACGUCGCCGAUAUAAUUAUGUUUAAUCAUCCAAAGAAAACACAAAUCACAAGCAUAAACAAAAUUAUGAACAAAAAAUGAAAAUGGUUGAACCAUUCUUCAUUAUUUUUUCUUUCAUUCAUACCAAGAAACUUUUUUCUACUUUUUUUUAUAAAUUUGAAAUUUUAAUCAUAAAAAUGUAGAUAUAACAAUAUAUCCUUUUCAAAGCACAAU